AUGGCGGAAGAAGUAAAAGUUGUUCCUACUUGGGUGCGAUUGCCUGGUUUACCGCUGAAAUAUUGGGGACCUACUUCUUUGAAUAAGAUUUCUAGUCUUAUUGGAAAGUCUAUCAGAACUAAUAGAGCUACAGCCCAGAAUGACAUACUGGAAUAUGCACGAAUUCUGGUAGAAGUUCACUUAGAUAGUUCUUUUCCUGAAGUGAUUCAGUUUGUGAAUGAGAAGGGAGUGAUAGUCACACAGAAGGUGGUAUAUGAGUGCAGACCAACUUCCUGUGGUGACUGUGGAGGUAUAGGGCAUACAGUGGUGGAGUGUAGACAAAAAAAGUAUGAGUUGGCAUUGAAAAAAGUGAAACCUAGACAAGUUUGGGUGGAAAAAACCAAGCUAGCUGGUGGGAAGCAACCUGUUGGGAAUGUAAGUGUGAUAAAGCAUAGUGCUCAGCAGAAGGAAGAUAUUGUGCAGAAUGAGAUUCCUGUUGUUGAGCAAACUGAGAAGGAUGUAAAUCAGAAUGACCAACAAGUGGAGGUGGAGCCACUUGUUGUUGGUGUGGUUCAGGUUAACAUAGCUGAAAGUGCAGCAGGCUUAUGGAAUAUCAGGGGCCUUAAUAGUCCAGCUAAGCAUAAUGAUGUCAAAUGGUUUUUGGCACAUCAUCAAGUGGGAUUAUUUGGGUUCCUGGAAACUAGGGUAAAAGCUAGGAAUUUCCCUAAAGUUUAUCCUAAGGUGUGUGGUGAUUGGUCUAUUGUUACUAACUAUCAGUAUGAUAAAGGAGGUAGAAUUUGGCUGAUUUGGCUUCCACAUCUUUUUGUGGUGAAUGUGAAGAGUUAUGGGGCUCAGUUUAUUCAUAGUGAGGUAAUUCAUAAGGCUACAGGAAGGAAGUUUGAGGUGACUAUAGUGUAUGGUGUAAAUGAUGCAAGGGGAAGAGAGGAUUUAUGGAGGGCUUUGUGUAUGAUUAACUCAUCGGUUAUAGGCCCAUGGGUAGUCCUAGGGGAUUUCAAUAAUGUUCUUAACAUGGGAGAGAGAAUUGGGUCUGCUAUUACCCUUGAUGAGAUUGCAAAUUUCAGGCAGUGUGUCAGAGAUUGCAAGCUCAGUGAGCAUGUUACUAGUGGUCCUUUCUUUACUUGGUCGAAUAAACAGGAGGGGGAGAACAGAGUUUUCACAAAGAUUGAUAGAGUCUUAUGUAAUGAUUUGUGGAAUGAUGUCUUCAAGGAAGCUAUUGCUGUGUUCAUGCCUGAAUAUAUCUCUGAUCACUGCCCCUGUAUUGUACAUCUGGAUGCAGAGGUGAGGGGUAGACCUAGACCAUUUAAAUUUCGCAACAUGUGGGGUAAAACUGCAGAGUUUACUCAGAUUGUGCAAAAUUCAUGGCAAUUAGUAGUAUCAGGUGUAGCCAUGUAUAGAAUUGUUUGCAAACUGAAGGCUUUGAAAAAUCCUCUUAGAAUUCUGCAUAGGGAAAAAUUUGCUAAUAUGGAGAAUGAUGCAAAAAUGGCUAUGGAUAAAUUCAUGAGCAUUCAGGAGGCCAUUUAUGCAGAUCCUCAUAAUAUUGUUCUUCAUCAGCAGGAGGAGAGAGCAAGGAAGGAUUAUGAGGAGAUCAACUCUGCCAGACUGAGUUUAAUGAAACAGAAAAUUAAGCAUGAUUGGAUUAAGGGAGGAGAUGAGAAUACUGCAUACUUUCAUGCAUGUUUGAAGAAGAGAAGGAAGCAGGCUCAAGUUCUUAGAAUACAAGAUAAAGAUGGGAUAUGGAGAGAGGGGAUCAAGGAGGUUGAGGGGGCUUUUCUUAGUUACUAUGAAGAGCUCUUAGGAACUGAUAGUGAGGCAGAAGCAUAUGUUAGCAACACAAUAAUUGCAGAGGGAAAGGUGGUGUCCCAAGAGAAGCAACUUACUCUAUGUGCCCCUUUUAAUGCAGAUGAAGUGAAGGCUGCUCUUUUUUAUAUUGAUCACAAUAAAUCAGCUGGGCCUGAUGGUUAUUCGAGUGGUUUUUUUAAGGAUGCUUGGGAUAUGGUAGGGCCUGAAAUUACAAAUGCAGUCCUGGAUUUUUUUAGAACUGGUAAGCUACUUAAGCAACUCAAUGCUACCAAUCUAUGCCUGAUUCCUAAGGUGGAGCAACCAGAGAGUGUUACACAAUUCAGGCCUAUUUCCUGUUGCAAUGUGCUAUACAAGGUAAUAUCUAAGCUUCUCUGUACUAGGUUAAAAAUGGUGCUGCCUGACCUGAUUGAUCCAGCUCAAAGUGCUUUUGUGGAGCAGAGAUGCAUAAUGCAUAAUAUUUUGAUCUGCCAGGACAUCUUGAAUCAAUAUAAGAGGAAGAGUCAACCUGCUAGGUGUACUUUAAAAGUAGACCUAAGGAAAGCUUAUGACUCAGUUAGCUGGAAUCUGAAUGGUGGGAUGUUUGGGUUUUUUAAGGGAAAAAAAGGAUUAAGGCAGGGAGACCUUGUAUCUCCUUUACUCUUUGUCCUUGUGAUGGAAUAUUUCACUAGACUAUUGAGGAAGAUGAGUAGUAGGGAGGACUUUGGUUUCCAUUACAGAUGUGCAAGCCUCAAGAUCACUCAUCUAGUUUUUGCAGAUGACCUCAUGAUGUUUUGCAAGGGUGAAUUUAAAUCUGUGUUGCUUUUAAUUAGAGCUUUGAAAACUUUUUAUAAAGCUUCAGAGUUACAGGCCAAUAAAGAAAAAAGUGCUAUAUAUUUUGGCAAUGUGCAGGAGGAGGUUCAGCAAAGGAUACUCCAGAUAUCUGGGUUCACAAAAGGGCAAUUCCCCUUUAGAUAUUUGGGGGUUCCUAUUACCUCAAAGAGGCUCUCUAUAGCAGAUUGUGAUGUGCUGGUUGAUAAAAUUAUGAGAAGAGUGUUGUGUUGGACUUCUAGAAAUCUUUCCUAUGCUGCUAGGAAUGUCCUAAUUAAUUCUGUUCUAUUGAGUAUUCACACCUACUGGUCACAAAUUUUUAUGUUGCCCAAAGGUGUGUUGAUGAAGGUUAUUCAAAUUGCUCGUGCUUUUCUAUGGGAGGGGAAAUCUUAUCUUCAUAAACCUCCCCUUGUGUCAUGGGAUUGGGUUUGUAAACCUAAGAGUAAAGGAGGCUUGGGUGUGAGAAAUUGUAUGGUGUGGAACAAUGCUGCUAUUGGCAAGUAUACAUGGCAGAUUGCUCAAAAGGCAGAUUCUCUUUGGAUCAAGUGGGUCCAUAGCAUCUAUAUUAGGGAUGCAAAUUGGUGGGAGUAUCAACCAAAAGGGAAUGAAAGUCUAUUCAAUAAAGGAGGGUAUAAAUGGUUGUGUGGAACUCAGGAAAAUGUUAGCUGGCAUCACUGGGUUUGGAGUCCAUUAAACACUCCAAAGCAUGCAUUCAUUUCAUGGCUUGCAGCUUUGGGUAGACUAAGGACAAGAGAUAGACUCAUGAGAGCUGGCAUAUGUCAGACUGCAGAGUGUUUGAUGUGCAACAAUGGCCUAGACUCUGGCUGUCACUUAUUCUUUAGCUGCAAGUUUAGUACUCAGGGUGCAGUUGGUUAUUCAGUUGCUGGGGUGCUUUGGGUAGGUGUUUAUCUUUGUAUGGGCAGUCCUGUUGUGGAUGUUUGGUUGUAA